AUGAAGUUCAUUCCAUUAGCUCUUUUAUUCACCUGGUUAUGCGUCGUUGCUGCAACAAAUUCCGGCGAUGCUCUUUUCCGAGGCUGUGCUGCCUGGGUAGGAAAGUACACAUUUGAAUGCCCAAGCAAAUACGCCAAAAUUAAAGGCAAACGUGUCAGCGGUUGCAACUGUUGGAGUCCUGAAUAUCUGGCAACUUAUGUUGAUUGUGCUACUAGAGCAAAGGGUGCCAAUACACAGCGUGCCCUCGACAGUCUUCUUGGUGCUUGUGGUACUAAAACUAUUCGUCCCACUCUUACUUUAGAUGAAAUUAAUCAAAUUUAUGACAAUGCUACAGAUUACUUUGUUGAUGUCAAGACAGUAAAAAAUAAAACUGAGACCUCUUAUUCCCCAAUAAGAUUCACUCAAGCUCAAGUUGACCAAGCUCAGCGUUCUUUUGCUUCCGGGUUUUAUGCCAAAUACACUGGCCAGCUUUAUGGUGGAUUAAUGUUAGCUUAUAUGGGUGCUAUUUUGCUUGCAGCUGCAAUCUCUAAUUUUUUGAAAAAAGUUGCUCCUGGAUUUGUUCACAAGAGUACUAACAAUCGUGUCGCCCUCUUUUUCCGUCAAAAGCUUAUCAACCCUGCUAUUUUUGGAUACAAGCACUCUAUUCCUGUCAAAUGGGGUCCCUUCAACAUGUCUCUGCCUACUCGCGCUCAAGCCUGGGUUCUUAUUGGAUACUUUGUUAUGUAUAUUAUUUUUAUGUUCAUCAAGUAUGAUAUUUAUGAUGGUAAUACUCGUUUUACCACAAGACCUCUUCAAAUUAGUCGUUAUGUUGCUGACCGCUCUGGAAUCAUUGCUACAUCCCAACUUCCCCUUCUCUAUGCUCUUGCAGGAAGAAACAAUAUAAUGCUGUGGAUUACUGGUCUUUCAUACGACACUAUGAAUCUUUACCACCGAUGGGUUUCUCGCAUUAUGUAUCUGAAUGUUUUUAUUCAUGCAGCGGCAUUUUCGGUCAACUUCAAAAAGCAGAAUAAGUACAAUGAUGAAUUUUCCGAAACUUUCAUGAUUUGGGGUCUUGUAUCUUGUGUUUGUGGUGGUUUCCUCAUGUUCUUUUCUCUUCGUCAUUUCCGAGAAAAACUUUAUGAGUUUUUCCUUCUUUGCCAUUGGGCCUUUGUCGUGUUUUUCACCAUUGGUGUUUGGUAUCAUUGUAAGCCUCAUGGAUACAUGGAAUGGGUUUAUGCGGCGAUUGCUAUUUGGGCCUUUGAUCGCGCUAGUCGUCUUGCUAGACUUGUUUUUAACGGCCUCAAUGCCAAAGCGCACCUUGAACUUCACCCUCAACAUCUUAUUAAAAUUAAGGUUGAUUACACCAGCUUUCUUAAGCCUCAUCCUGGUGCAUAUGCUUUCAUUCACUUCCUCAAUCCUAUCUGGAGAUGCUGGGAAAACCAUCCCUUUACUGCUUACCCUUCUCCUAUUCCUGGAGAAGAAAAGAAGCUUGUUUUCUGUGUUCGAGUUCGUGAUGGCAAGACCAAGCAGAUUGCUCAAUACUUGGCCAAAAAUAACAAUGCUAAAACUGUUCCUGUCUUUCUAGACGGUCUUUAUGGCCACACAUUCCCACUCCAUACUUCUGAGUCGAUUGUCAUCAUUACUGGCGGUAUUGGUUUUACUGGCGGUUACUCAUAUGCCUGUAGACUAACAAAUCAAUCCGAGAAGAAGAACAUUACUUUUAUUUGGGCCAUUCAAAAUCAUGAAAAUGUUGAAACUUUCAAGGAUGAACUUGAAUAUCUCGCCAAAAAUGAUGUCAGUGUUUUCAUCUAUCUGUCUAAUGAGCCAGAAAAUGCUCAACCCAAGGUUACAGUUGAAAAACACUUUUCUGAUUCAGAAAAUGGUAAUGAGAAGGAUCUAUCUUCAGGAUCCACCAUUAGCUUUAACACCAUGUUUACUCGUCCUGAUCUUAAGGUCAUUAUUGAGUCUGCAAUCAAUGAGGCACCAGGAAGCAUUGGUUUCCUUGUAUGUGGUCCUGCAUCCAUGAACGACGAUGUCAGACAACAUGUUUCUAAGAACAUGGAUAAGGGUAAGGGUCGCGUAGACUUAUAUUUGGAGGCCUUCAACUGGUAA